AUGUCCGGCGUCCAGGAGCAGUUCGAGAUCAAGUUCCGGCUGCCGGACGGCACCGACAUCGGGCCCAGGCGCUUCCCGCCGGCGUCCACCGUCGCCACGCUCAAGGAGACCAUCAUCGCCCAGUGGCCCAAAGAUAAGGAGAAAGGUCCUAGGACUGUGAAUGAUCUUAAGCUUAUUAAUGCUGGGAAGAUACUGGAGAACAACAAAACCCUAUCAGAAUGCAAAAGCCCAAUUUGCGACUUCUCUGGGAUGACAACGAUGCAUGUCGUCGUCCGUGCACCGACUUCAAGCAAACAGUCUGAUAAAAGAGCAGCAAAGAAAGCGAAAGAUUUCAGAAUGCAGCCCUCUUUGUCAUCCUCUUCUGAGCCAUCCAAGCUGCUGUUACAAAGCUCUGAUGAUACUCAGCCCCACCAUAAUCCUACUGAAGUGCCUGCUAGAACUUCACAGAUCACCAAGGUCUAUUAUAGAAUAAGAUUCAAGAUCAGGAAAAGAAUCCUUGGUAACCAAACUACUGAAGGAGCAAGCCAAGAAAUCAUUGGUAGUAUUUUUGUGCAUGAUCAGAAUGCCUCUGCUGCUGGAAAUCAGAUUGAGGGCUUGGGAGAAGAAAACCUUGCUGCAACAAUAAAGAGAAAGCGCAGUACUACAACUCCUUUCACCACCAUGAAGCUUGGAAGGAGCCCAAGAUUUGCUGGAAAGCUUGAUGGACAUAAACCUGCCAGUGUCCUCCCUAAGAAAACUGUCACCAAAGGCAAGAGCAAGAGUAAAAAGGUCAAGCCACAGUCUCAACUCUUGGGAGACAUUCUCCUCUCUCCCACUUGUCAAGCUACCGAAUUUCCUGGGCAUUCAUCUAUAGCUAAAUUUGCUGAAAUGGGAUCCAUUUUCCCCCUAAUACCCAUUGUUGAAAUACAGAAACUGGCCAUUGACUCCUGCUGCAUUUCUCCUUCGGAGGUGACAGUAGAACUACUUCUAGCUCCCAGGAUUGAGAAGGAGGCUGAAGUAGCUCUGGCGCCGGAAACUUUUGUGUCCUAA